CUCACAUACAUUUCACUGCGAACAGCGAAUUGUUACCAUGCCUGAACCACCGAAACCAGCGCCCAAGAAGGGCUCCAAGAAAGCCGUGACCAAGACCGCCGGCAAGAAGGACAAGAAGAGGAGGAAGACCAGGAAGGAGAGCUACGCCAUCUACGUCUACAAGGUGAUGAAGCAGGUCCACCCCGACACCGGCAUCUCCUCCAAGGCCAUGGGCAUCAUGAACUCCUUCGUGAACGACAUCUUCGAGCGCAUCGCCGGUGAGGCCUCCCGCCUGGCUCACUACAACAAGCGCUCCACCAUCACCUCCAGAGAGAUCCAGACCGCCGUCCGCCUGCUGCUGCCCGGGGAGCUGGCCAAGCACGCCGUGUCCGAGGGCACCAAGGCCGUCACCAAGUACACCAGCUCCAAGUAGACGACGACCUUCCUCCUUACUGCCUCCAUCUUAAACCCACCAAAGGCUCUUUUAAGAGCCACACACUUUCCCUGAAAGAGCCAAGUUCCAGCAAACAUUAACUGCAUUAACGCCAUUAUACACGUUUCUUAUAUAAAAGGACAAUAUUCAUGUCAAAUGUGGUGUUGAUUCUAAUUAAACUUGUAUACAUGUCAUUAUUUACUUAAAGCAUACAGUGGCAUCUGCUUUUGUUUAACAUGUCUUGUGUUAAGUGUUCAAAUCUAUAAUACAUAACUAAAACCUACUUAAUGUGUAAUGGUUCCCAAUCAGGUCCCUCUAAAGGGUCACAAGAUCUAAAAAAAUGAGAUUUAACAUUUUUGCCGCGUUUUGUUUUUCUCUGAAAGCGCAAACAUGAAUUAAAUUGUUUUAUAUGUAUUUUGACGCUUAACUAUAUAAACAUAACAUGUUAUUGCUUCUAUAUCCAGCAUAGUGUUAACCCUUGACUUGUAUAAAGCACGGAGCAAUCUGCUUUGCUGUACGGCACUUACUCACUCAUGAAUAACUGAAACGUGUUUGAACGAAUAUAGUCGAUUACGUGCAGUUGUGAGUGUGUUUAGAGUUAAUAUUAAGGUGUAGUGCCACCAGUCUCUCGGUGUAAAGAGAACAGACAUAGUCAAGGACACCACCACAAAGUGCAAAACAACAUGUAGCUGCGUCAGAUCAGCCGACUGUAGAAUAGGAGGGCCGACUGUUGUGUUUGAUCGUUAAACCUGCCAAUUUUUACAUGGAGGUGAAUAAAACGGGGGGAAAUUAGUGCUGAAAGGUCGGACACGUGCACAUUUGGGCUUAAUUACAAUGAGAAUGGCCGUUUCCUGAUUCUAUUCUGAAGGCGAGGGGGUGACGUCAACGGUGUCGUAGUUUGUUUUGUCAGGGGGAAUGUUCCCGCCCAGCAGAGGCUGAGCCAUUAGUCCUCAACUACGUCCGCAGAAUGACUUUAAGUACCGACGCUCUGGACCCGUUAGCCACCAGUUACUUUCCUAGAUUUGCUUUCGGUUUUUCAACGGAACAAACGAGACUGAGAAAAUGAGUGGGCGGGGAAAAGGCGGCAAAGGGCUCGGUAAAGGCGGCGCCAAGCGGCACCGUAAAGUGCUCCGCGACAACAUCCAGGGCAUCACCAAGCCCGCCAUCCGCCGCCUGGCUCGCCGCGGCGGAGUGAAGCGCAUCUCCGGCCUGAUCUACGAGGAGACUCGCGGGGUGCUCAAGGUCUUCCUGGAGAACGUCAUCCGCGACGCCGUCACCUACACCGAGCACGCCAAGAGGAAGACCGUCACCGCCAUGGACGUGGUGUACGCGCUCAAGAGGCAGGGCCGCACCCUGUACGGCUUCGGAGGUUGAACCACCACCUCCUCAUCCGGCUGCAACACAACGGCUCUUUUAAGAGCCACCCAACUCUCCUCAAGGGCUGACUUCCUGUUUAUUAUAUGAACAUAAUAUUACAUAUAAACAUCUUUUGUUGUUUGCCUCAGAAAUCUAGAGAUUUGUCUCCAUGCCAAUAAAACUCAUUUGAAUAAUA